CGGAACAGAUCGUCACGUUCACGUUACCGCCAGGAAAUCGUCGCGUCUCAUUGUGUCGCUUUGCUUUCGAACAUCCAGAGAUAUAAACCUUCAAGUCUUCGAUCGCCGGUCGUGUCUCCAGUGCACCCCCGCUGUAAUCAAACCGGCCGCUUGACUGCUCCAGCGAUGCCGCCGACUCCAGGCCGGCGCGCCGACCGGCAGGACAGGCGGCAGGACAGGCGGCGCGAGCUGCUGGACGCCGUGGAGAGGGAGGAGCGCAUCACGCGGUUCCUCUACGGACACAUGCUGCAGCCCGACCAGAUCCGCGGCAAGACCCUCCAGAGGCUCCGGAUCCCGACCAAACCCAGCGGCCAGAUCGACUGGGCUGCAGUGGGUAUGGAUUUCACGGUACGGGUGGAGCCUCCACCCGAGCCCCGCUACGAUCCGUCCAAGAAGUUCUUCAAGACCAGGCCGCCCCUCCCCCGCCCCCUCCCGGACGGGUCACGCCGCCCGCAGGACUUGGAGCAGAGGAUCCGCGCCGUGCACGGGACGGUGUCGGUGGCGAUCACCGCGGGACCGCACGGACCGCGGACCACGCCGAGGAGCAGGCCUAGCAGGCCCAGGAGCACCAGUGGACGCCGGGAGCCGCCCCAGGCGCGGCCCAAGCGCAAGCUGUUCCGGGUCAGCUCCGGGGACAACCCGGAUAGCCCCACGACGGCCACCGUCCUCCUGACGCCCAGCCCCGCGCCCGCCUCGCUGCCGCACCCCGCGACCACGGACGACGAGCACAGCGUCUUCGAGCCGCUCAGCAGCCCGGAGGACAUCAACAAGCCACGCACCAAGCCCGUGUCCCUGGGCAUGCUGGGGCAGGGCCUGGCCAGCCGCUCCGCCGAGGCUGCCAAGCGCCACGAGGCGCAGGCCCAAGCGCAAGGCCGAGCAGCUGAGACAAGGCUACUGGCCCCAAGCCGACCGUCCCCGGCCCAGCCACCGGCGCCACCAAGCGCUGGCACGACUCCCCAGCCACCGGACCACGGCACCAGCCGUCGGGAACGACCCAAGCCGACGGUGGGCACGACAUCCACCAAGCCGACCGUGGCCACCACGGCCACCAAGCCGACUCUGGGAACGCAAGGCCAUAGGCGCAGCCAAGGCCGGGAGCGGCUGGGCACGACAUCCACCAAGCCGACCGUGGCCACCACGGCCACCAAGCCGACUCUGGGAACGACCUUCACCAAGCCGACGGUGGGCACGACAUCCACCAAGCCGACCGUGGCCACCACGGCCACCAAGCCGACUCUGGGAACGACCUUCACCAAGCCGACGGUGGGCACGACAUCCACCAAGCCGACCGUGGCCACCACGGCCACCAAGCCGACUCUGGGAACGACCUUCACCAAGCCGACGGUGGGCACGACAUCCACCAAGCCGACCGUGGCCGCGAGCCCCAGCAGGCCGGUCCAGGACUUGACCUUCAGCAAGGCGCCCAUGCCGCCUCCAACCACCCCACGAAUCCUGGCGCCCAGUCCUGUGCGCAGCCCAGUGUCCAGCUUGGCGUUCAGCCCAGUGCCAGCUUCUGUGCUCAGCCCAGUCUCCAGUGCGACGCGCAGCUCAGCGCCAGGUUCUGUGCGCAGCCCAGAGCCUACUCUCAUCAUAGACCCGACUCCGGAGUGCAGCCCCGCACCAAGUCAGGUGCGGAGUCCGGCUUGGGACCCUCCCUCCAGUCCGUGCUACAGCCCACCGCCUAGUCCAUGGAACAACCUUGAACCGCUUGCUCGGCGCAGCCCUACCCCGAUGGAGGACUCGGCCGGCGUCCCCGACGCCGUGCAGCACAGUUCGCCCGCCCCAAGCCUUGAGGCGGACAUGGCCCAGCCCGCGCCGCAGGGCCCGUCUCGCAGUUCGCCCGGCCCGAGCCCCAAGAUGGACAUGGCCCAGCCCGCGCCACAGGGCCGCCAAAUCCUCUCCCCCUUCCGGAUGACCUCGGACCUGGUCGACUUCAUGGUAGGUGCUCCCAUCGUGGCGGCGGAGCGACCGCAGCCCAAACGGAAGUCUCUGUCACUGAAGAAGGGCGCCGCGGCCUCCCCCAUGCAGGCCAAGCGCGUCUGCCAGUCGCCCGGCGGCCUGCCGCUGGUCCCAGCCCCCAGGGCCGCGACCGCUGUGACGGCGGCCUCCACGUCGGCCCCUGAGGCCCACCCAGCUGUCGCCUCCCAGGUGCAGAGGCGGUCCACGCCGGUGUCGUCUGACACGGACCACAUCCACUCCGCGAACACCAUCAUCCUGACGCAGCGCGCCCCGGUCAAGCAGCCCCUCGCCAAGAAGGACUCGACCGAGAGCGAUGGCUCCGACGACAUCAUCCCGUCGUCACAGCCCUCUCCCUCUCGCGUCCCGCCCAAGCUACCCGCGGAGGAGGCCACCUCCCCUGUCCUGUCUGCAGGCAGCGGCAAGCGCACCCUGCGCAAGGCCCGGUGCUGGACUUCGCCGCCACCGGGGUCCACGUCGCCCGGCGCCAACCUCCAGGACGGCGCUGCCCUGACGGACACCCAGUCCUCGUCGCCCAUCCCCGCGACGCAGUGGCGCCCCAGUCAGGCGCCGUCGACGCGCGCCUCGGGUGCCGGGGACUCCUCGUCGUCUUCGUCGGGGGCUCCUGGUCCCCAGCCACCGCCGACCUCGGCUAGAAAGCAGCGGCCUGCGCACCGACCCGUGGCGGCAGCCAACCAGGACGACUCUGGGCUGUCGGCGUCCCCGGCCUCGGUGCACCUGGAGCAGCCAGAGUCUUCGGACACUGACGGCGACGUGAUCAUGCCGUCGCAGCCUCCCUCUCCCCUGCGGCCCAAGCCGGCCAAGCUGCACGACGUGGCGAGCUCGCCGCCCAACAGGAGUCCCACCAUCUCGAGCGGGGAGCGCGAGUCGAGCAAGCGGCGCAGCGGCAGCGGCAGCGCCAUGUCGCAGAGCCAGGCCUCCGCGCUCUCCUCGGCCUCCAGGCGCCUCUUCCUCACCGACGAGCCGCGGCCGGCCGACGCGGCGGUGCUGCACGCGCCCGGCCAACCCCGUGCGCUGCCCUUGCCGCCGCAGGGCGCCGAGGACACGGACAGCUCGGCGAGGGCGCGGCCACAGGCAGACGGCGCGUCCAGGCCGUCGUCCAGGGACUCCGCCGCCGGUGAACAGCAGCGGAUGGCCGACGCGGUGCCGAGGGGUGCUCCGCUGCGAAGAGCACCCAAGUUCAGCAUCGGUGCCAUAUGGGACUUCGCUGCCGGCUUCGUCCAACGAGGCAGUCAAGACCGUCAAGACAGUGGCAGCCGCUCCCAACAAGGGCCCCCUCAACCUGGCGGCACCCCUACAUUCUCAGUUCAAGGGAGAAAUCAUGGCUGUGGUGCCUCUCAGGAAUUUAUAAGUGGCACCCCUUCGCAGAGAGUCAGUAGUGGCACCCCUACGCAGAGAGUCAGUGGUGGCACCGUCAGUGGUGGCACCCCUACAUCCUCAGCGCAAGGAAGAGCUCCUGGCAAAGGCGACACUCCUAUGCGCCCAGGCUUUGGCAUCGACACCGAACGACUCAGCAGCACUCAGCACGUCAUCAGCGGCACCCCUACUCAAGAAGUCAGAAGCAGCGCGUCUGGACAGUCGAGCAGUGCGAGUGUUCAGGGCGGCGCCCCCGGCCAUCCAGGCAAACCUGUGGGCAAACGGGCCGCCCUGAAAGUGAGCGUUAGCGACGCGCUUGUCCACCGUGCCAAUGCAGCCGCCCGAGACGAGUGCCGCAGCCCUGCUCGCCCCAGCGUUGUUGGACGCCCCGGCACUCCCGGCCGGACUGGAACUUCCGGUCGCCCCGGCACUCCCGGACGAGCUGGAACUUCUGGACGCCCCAGCACUCCCGGCCGGGCUGGAACUUUUGGACGCCCCGGCACUCCCGGACGGGCUGGAACUUUUGGACACCCCGGCACUCCCGGACGGGCUGGAACUUCCGGACGGCCCGGCACUCCCGGACGGGCUGGAACUUCCGGACGGCCCGGCACUCCCGGACGCGCCGGCUUGCCAGGACGCUCCAGCACUCCAAGACGCCCCCACGCCAGCAGCACGUCUUCCAGCAGCAACGCGCCGCCGCACGGGCCGAGCGCAAGCGCGCACAUGGUGACGCCAGACCCCGAGGACGUCGACGACGUACUCGACGACUUCUCCUACGACGACGACAUGGAGCUGCUGUCUGAGGCCGAGAACCCGAGCGAGGAGGACGAGACCCCCGACCAGCUGGUCAACACUCCCGGCCUCGCCCCGCUGGCGCCCCUCCGGCCCACCACCAAGCCCGCCCCCGCCGCCCACUAG